GUUUGGGGAUCAGUUCACCCUCCCGACCUCGGCCUCCUGCCACUUUCCAUCCGGGAUUAUUGUACCUGUCCGACCCAACAUGUUGUUUUGGCACAGCCAACCAGAACAUUACUGGCCCACUCCGGCCGAGCACUACCAGAACCCUCCGAGCGGCAUCUACAGAGAAACUAUACAACUUCCAUUCCUGAAGCAAGAAGACCAGCCACCCAUCAUCCCACUAUGUCCAGCCUUCCAGUGCAUCCUGGGUGCACCAAGUUCUCCAGCCAUCAAGAUGCAUGAAGAGACCCUCACCUACCUCAACCAGGGUCAGUCCUAUGAGAUCCGCAUGCUGAGUAACUGGAAGGGUGUUGGAGAACUCUCUGAGGGUCGCCGACUGCUGAGGAGUGUGGUCAGAGUGGUCUUCCAUGACCGUCGCUUGCAGUACAGCGAGAGGCAGCAGUUGGAGAGCUGGCAGUUGAAUCACCCCGGGGAUCGAAUCUUAGAUCUAGAUGUCCCAUUGACCGUAGGGGUAACAGACCCAUUGGUAAACCCCAAUACUUUGAACACCAUUGAGUUCCUUUGGGACCCAAGCAAAAGGACAUCUGUCUUUAUCCAGGUUCACUGCAUAAGCACUGAGUUCACCCAGAGGAAAAAUGGAGGAGAAAAGGGGGCCCCUUUCCGGAUUCAGGUGGACACAUAUAAGGGAGAUGCUAAUGGAGGAUUUACAGAACAUCUGUACUCAUGUAGCUGCCAAGUUAAGGUUUUUAAGCCCAAAGGUGCUGAUCGGAAGCAGAAAACUGACCGGGAGAAGGUGGAGAAGCGUUCCGCUCUAGAACGGGAGAAGUACCAGCCAGCCUGUGAGACCACUGUCCUGACUGAGUGUAUUCCUUGGCCAGAUAUUGAAGCCCCCCGAAGCCCCCCAAGCACCCCAGGUUGCUUCAGGAUGCCCACCCCAGAGAGGGUCUGCGCAUCUCCUGUGUGUGCCUCAGAUAGUUCCACGGAAAGCUCAGGAGAGAGUCUCAGUCCUUCCUCUUCCAUCUCAGAGACGCAGCAAUGGCUUGUGAGAAACCGCUUUUCCAACUACUGCCGGACCUUUUCCAAUUUUACAGGGGCUGACCUUUUGAAGUUGUCUCGCAAAGACCUCACUCAGAUCUGCGGAGUGGCCGAUGGGAUUCGUCUGGCUCAUUCGCUCAGUGCAAGGUCUGUGCGCCCACGUCUCACUCUGUACAUCGCCACAGAUACACCGGAGAAGAAAACCACUGAUGACACCAGCCAGACAGUCUAUCAGGAGCUGUACUUGGAGGAAAUUACCGCUGCUGAACUGACCACUAAGGUGGCUGAUCUCUUCUCUGUUCCGGCCAAUCACAUCCAGCAGAUUUCCAGGACGGGACCUCAUGGGAUUCACAUUCUCCUGAGUGACACUAUGGUAAGACAUAUGCCCGAUGAGUCCUGCUUCAUGGCCUCCCUACAGAAACUGCAGAACUCCGACAGCUUUCACUGCAUCCUGCGAUGAGCUCCAUCCCCUGAGCCUCAUCCCUCACAUACGGCCGGACCGACAUGAGUGGAGGUGGAGCAGCGUCAGGUGGAGCAGCUUCAGGUGGAGCACCCCUUAGUGAUCCCUUCUCCUUGUAUCCCAGUGGAACUGAAACCUGCCUCCUUUCUAACCCGCCGCCAUAAUCUGCUGUGUACAUUUGUAUAUAAAUAUUUGUAAUAAAUUAACAUUUCUUACUCUCA